AUGGCGACGCGACUGCUGCCGCGGGUGAUCGCGCCGCGGAUGACAGGGACGACGUGCGUACGUACGUCGCGGCGCCGACUCAGCUCAGGAAAACGUGCAGAAGCGAAUGUGCAACACACCACGACAACGUACUGGAAGGAGCCGAGUCUGCGCGUUCGUAUCGUGCCUAUGCUGGACGACAACUACGGUUACAUUGUGGUGGACGAGGCGAACCACACGAUGUUUGCAGUCGACCCUGCUGAGCCGAGCAAGAUCUUGCCAGUCUUACGAGAGGAGGAAAAGGCGCAGAACCGCCGGUUCCUCGGUGUCUUGACCACGCACAAGCACGCUGAUCAUGCCGGGGGCAACAUCGAAAUGGCAAAACAGUACCCGGGCGUGAUGAUUGUCGGACCGGAACAUGAGCCGAUUCCAGCUCGAAAUCGAUCAGUGAGUGGCGGCGAAACGCUCGUGAUUGGUGCGGCGAAAGUGGAGGUGCUGGACGUACCGUGCCAUACAAAAGCGCACGUGGCGUACGUCGUUACUGGCGAUAACGAGACGCCGCCGCUGCUGUUCCCGGGCGACACGCUGUUUGUCGGAGGCUGUGGACGGUUCUUUGAAGGCACUGCUGAGGACAUGUACAGGGCUUUGUACGACGUGAUUCUCGAGCUACCAGCAGAUACAAAGGUGUACUGCGGGCAUGAGUACACGAUGUCGAACCUGCGCUUUGCUCUCAGCAUUGACCCGUCGAACCAGGCUCUGCGCAACAAGAUUGCAGCUGUUCGUAUCCACCGAGCAAAAAAUCUACCCAGUGUCCCGUCGUCGCUACGUGAAGAGAUGCUUUACAAUCCAUUUUUGCGGGUACACGACGAGACGAUCCGCAAUGCUGUUGGCGGUUCGGACGCGGUCAGCGUUCUGGGAAACCUUCGUCGGCGCAAGGACUCGUUUACGUAA